UAUUUCAUCGUUGUGUCAAUAUGUAGGCAAUUCCCUAACAUGGAAAGGCCUAUGAUAAGGCUAUCGGACCAUGUAGUCGAGGCUCGUUACGGAGACGUUCAGUAGACAAGCAACUGUCAAGCUGUCACCAUGAACACCUCAAAGCAGCUCGUUCCCUGCUGCUGGCUACUUCUCCUGCUAUCGCCGCUCAGUCCGGUCGCUAGCUAUGGAGAUCUUGGCCGCAGCCGCCUGACGGCCCAGGCGGAGCACAACUUGGCCACCAUAACUAAGCGUGCGAUGGAGCAUGCCACAGAGUUGGUGGAUAGCGUCGUCGAUGAUCUGCUCGUGCUGGACUCCCAGAAUCCCAUCAUACUCAGCUAUCUGAACAGCUUCGAGGUGUUCCUGAGAAACGAGCGAAACUACACGGCUGAGGCGCUGCAAUUUUUCUAUGAAAUCGUUAACGUCUAUCUGGAUGCCGAUGCCGCCGAGAAGACGUCCAGCAUUGAGGUGCAAUUGAUUUCCCUCUGCCUGCAGCGCACCGGCUUUGAUCGCUGGAAGCGCACGAUCCAAAUGCGAUCGACGCAGUUGCUCAAGUCCUUUGGCAAGAAGCUCAAGAGAUACAUGAACACCUUGGACGAGGAGGAGCGUCUGAUCGUCGAGCAGCGGUGGCAACAGGUUUCAACCCGUGGCGGACAAAGAAAACUGCAGAAAUUUCGCGAAUUCGUUAGCUGGCUGGCCAGGUAGCGAGCUUAAGCCAGACAGACGGCAAAAGAUGUAAAACUCACGUCAUCUGUGAAGGAGCAAAGUAUAUGGCUGAGGCUGCAGCAACUGGCCAAAGGAGAAUGGAUGCUGUGCAUCCGCGCAUCUGUCUGUGAGCUGACAAAGUGCUGAGUGCAUUUACGACUUUCCGUCCAGAAGCAGAAUAUCAACGAAAUGUUUGGCAUUUGUCGCAUUCCACAAUGGAACAAUGGCCAUAAGGCGUCUCUGACAGCUCGGCGAACACUCCCAGGCAUUAGCUUA